AUGGAGCCUCAGAGCUACCAACAGCCGCAAGAGGACACCAGCGGCGGCGCCGUCGGGAGUGGAGCAGGGGGGGGCAGCAAGAGCAGCUUUCUAUGCCGGCAGUCGAGCAGCAGGUGGAUCCCCACAACCGAUCAGAUAAGAAUACUCAGGGACCUCUACUACAAUUGCGGGGUGAGGUCCCCGAGCGCGGAACAGAUCCAGAGGAUAUCCGCCAGGUUGCGCCAGUUCGGGAAGAUCGAAGGGAAGAAUGUUUUCUACUGGUUCCAGAACCACAAGGCCCGAGAGCGGCAGAAGAAGCGGCUCACCGUUGAUGUUACCUCGAAUAAGUACAACAGCCCCAGCAGCGUGAUUUCCCCAGGUCUCCCUCUCCCUCUCUCCUUCUCUCUCUCUCUCUCUCUCUCUAGACCACGCGAAGCCUGUUCUCUAUCCUUGUCUUAUGUUGCCGUUUCCAGGCGUUCCGACGGCUUGCACUUCGCCGGGGCUGUACUUCGGGCAGGUGAGCGGCAAUGGAUGUGGCGGCUCCCCGUCGAUGGAGAGGAGCUACAUGGUAUGCCGCCCUGAGUGUUUUUGCUAUCUCUGGUCCUUGAAUUUCCAGUUCUCAUUCGUUCCUUGAUCAACAACUAUUCCAUUCCUGCUUAAUUUCUUCUCUUCGACCAUUUGACGUUCACUAUUUAUGCAUUGAGCGAGAUUCAUGACCAGGAAGCAGGCUCACGUUUUUUAAGAGACGACGAUGGUGGGUCUGGUGGUUGCAGGAGUAUGCUAUUCCUGGGGGGCUCGCCGGAGGAUCGACGGUGGAAGGCGGCGUGGGCUGGAUGGGUGUAGAGCCGCCGGCCGUGCCGCCCAUGUACUAUCACCACCAGAGAUCGUCUUACUACUACGAGCAGGAGCACCAUCAUCACCGUGCCCAGCAGCAGCGAGGAGGAGAGGCGGCGCCGCCGCCGCCGCCGCCGCAUAUUGAGACUCUCCCCCUCUUUCCCGUCCGCUCGGAGGAGGACAUCCUCGGGUCCGGCUACAUCCCCAUCAGGGCCCAUUUCUCCGCCGCUUAUCUGGACCAGCCGCAGUCGGAGGAAGAAGAAGACCGGCGGCAUUACAGAGUGUACGGCGGCGACGGCGCCUCACUGGAACUCUCUCUCUACUCCUUCGACCCAUUACCAACCACCUCUUCGUGA